CUGCCAUUGAACUCCUUCGAUUGAUGGGCUAUAAUCUCUUCAGCAAUGCCAUCAAAACCUCUGAUAUUCAAUACGAGCUCUUCGACACCGACGACGGCAACGGAGAUUCCUUCACCAAUGACUCUCUUCUCUGUCGUCCCCCCCUCUUCAAAUCAUAUUAUGUAAGACAUCGAAGCGAGUAGGGUUUUUCUGUGGGGUGUAUCGAUUCUCUCAUACAUGGCUUUAUUAUGGGGUUUCCAGUUGUUCCUAAUCUACAUUUCUUCGUUUUGAGGAUCACAUCGGCCGACAAGCCCGGUGUUGGUGAAACUCAGAACAACAAAGAUGGCAACAACGAUUGGGAGCCGAGUUCUGUAUGCUUGGCAAAUAUGGUUCAAAAUUUCAUUGAGGAGACCAAUGGGAAGCAGCCAGCGGCAGCUGCAAAAUGCAGUCGGAACUCCUGCAAUUGCUUCAACGGAAACUGUACCGACAGCUCCGACGUUGAACUCGAUUUCUUUAAUGGCUUCGGUGAGUCGGUAGCCGCAGCCUCUUAUGGUGAUGCUUGCGAAAUUCUCAAGAGCUUGAUCCCUUGUGCUAGCAUUGCCGAGAGGAAUCUUUUAGCUGAUAUCGCAAAAAUUAUUGAGAACAAUAAGACCUGCAAGCGAAAGGAUGACUCUAGAAAAUUAGUUAUCGACAGACUCAUUCCUGCUAGUCGCUGCGGUCACCGUCCAUCGCCAAUGUUGCUGCCGCUGUGAUCUUUGAUGCUCUGAAUGAUCGUUGGUGGUCCAAAUCAAUAAGGUAAAUUAGGUCUCAAUUUGAGGUCAAGGUGUAGUAACUAUAGAUUUGAGGAUGGAAUUUAUUACAUGGGUACUUUAGGUACUUCACAUUUAGCAACGGUAUUUUGGUAUUUAAAAUAAAAUAUAGUAGUUGACAUCA